GAAAAGAGAGAGACAUACAGAGAGAAUAUCAGAAAUCGUGGUGGUGGGAAAGGGCUGUCUCCCGUCCUCACGGUUUCCAACGUGCAAACAGAAGCAAGCUGCCUCCACGGCAAAUCGCAAACUGGGGGGGGUCCCCCUCCCAACCACAAAAGGCUGGGGCUCUUAUGCUGCGCCAAAACAGCCUUGAAUAAAGAUCCUGAGCCAGACAGAGACUUUCUCAUUGUUCGGAUCGGAAUCCUAGAGCAGCUUCCCCCACAACCUUCGGGAUUGGCAGAUCUUUCUUUUCUUUUUCUGCUCCUGGACCGGACGAAUCAGGAGCCAAUAACUUGCUAGGAGCUGGCUUGGGACCAGACCAUGGAGGAUGUGUUGCUAGUUACAGAUCCUAAUCAGAAGCCCGUUUACAGGGAAACUCACCAGGAGACCUGUGAAAGUCUAGUGGCACUGACAGGAUCUCCAAGUCCUAAACCCAAUGAAAUCUUCCUGGUGGAAGAAGAAGACGAAGAAGAUGAAGAAGAAGAAGAAGAAGAAGAAGAAGAAGAAGAAGAAGAAGAAGAAGAACCUUGCACCCCAGCACCUAUUAAUAGGGAGAAUACAAGAAGAGCCAAGUUAGCAGGUGAGGGAUUGGGCAGCGAGGAGGAGGAAGAGAGUGAAGAAGAAGAUGUUCAACAGCAGGAUAGUCCGGAGGUGGUGGAGCUGGAUGCCGGCAUGGUUCCUGGGAACUGUAAGAGCCUGCACUGGAGGGUGGUGCAGCAAGUUGGCGGUGGCAAGGUUUUGACAGCAGAGGGUCCGCCAAUCAUGGUUUUGCAGAAGGGCUACGAGUGUGAGGACUGUGGGAAGGUGUUCAGCUGCAGCUCGCACUACAGUAAGCACCGGCGUACACACACAGGUGAACGUCCCUUCCGCUGUGGAGACUGCGGCAAGAGCUUCAAUGUCAGCUCCAACCUUUACAGGCACCAGCGGGCCCACGCCAAUGCAAGUUCCAAAUCAGUCGCCCCCACACCCUCUCUAAUGCCUACCCGGGGAUUGCCCUAUCAGUGUGCUGAAUGCGGCCGGUGUUUCCGUCGCAACACAGAGCUGGUGACCCACCAGCGGCUUCACACUGGGCGCCUGCCCUUCCAGUGCAGUGACUGCGGCAAGAGCUUCUCUUGGAGCUCCCACUUUGCCCGGCACCUGAGGAUCCACACUGGCGAGAAGCCCUACCCAUGCAACGAGUGUGGCAAGCGCUUUAGCCGGAGCUCCCAUCUCUACCGGCAUCAGCGCACCCACGGCACCAAUGCAGCGGCCAAUGUCACCCGUGCCUACAUCUGCACCUAUUGUGGGCGUAGCUUCAGCACCACACUGCACUUCGACCAGCAUCAGCGCACCCACCGGGGCCGCAAGCCCUACAAAUGUACCCUUUGUGGCAAAGCCUUUGCAGAUGGGCUGGCUUUGGUGAAACACCAGCGCUUGCACUUGAUGGGGGGAGACCAGAAUCACCAGUGUUCUGAGUGUGGACAAACCUUUGGGGGACGGUCCCAGCUGGCCCGCCACCGCCGACUCCACGGCAGCAGUGACAAGCCCUACGGUUGCGGGGAGUGUGGACAAAGUUUCAGCACGCGCAGCCAGCUGGCUCAGCAUAGAAGACUUCACAUCUCAGCUGACAAGCCAUACCAUUGUGGAGAGUGCGGGCUCAGCUUCACUUGGAGCUCCCACUGGGAGCGGCAUCGGCGUAUCCACACAGGCGAGAGGCCCUACUCCUGUGGGGACUGCGGCAAGUGCUUUGGGCGUACCUCCCACCUGUACCGUCACCAGCGCACCCAUGCCGGGGGCCAGCCUCACAUCUGCCCGGACUGUGGCAAGAGCUUCAACAGCACUUUGCACUUCCAGCGUCACCAGCAUGCUCACCAUCUCGAUCCAGAUAGCGCUCAGCUACCUGGCUGCACCUGCAGGGACUGUGGCAAGCCCUGUGCCGAUGCCUCAUCUCUGCUCAAACACCAGUGUAUGCAUACGGGUGAGAGGCCGCAUCCCUGUCCCCAGUGUGGGCGCCGAUUCCAUGGCACCUCACACCUUUACCGCCACCUCCGCAGCCAUGCCCACCAGGCAGGGGAGACUAUGUUCAUGCCAGCCUCUACAAAGUGUAAGGAGAUUGCAUCGUGCUAAGAAGCUAGACAGGCCCAUCAUCCUCGAGAGCACUAGGCUUUGUCCUUUGUGCAGGGAGCCAUGCCUUUGCCUGGCAAACAUUCCAUGCUCCUGAAGAGAAUUUCCCUGGUGUUCAGGCCCAGUCCAAAGUCCAUUAGGGGGGCAUUUCUAUCCAAAUAUGUAUUUUGGCCCAAUUGUUGCAUUUUUAGUUCAUGAGGUACAAAGGCAGUAAAAUGACAUCAUAUUAGACCAGUUCAAACUGGCAAAAGGGCAGGCAAAGUUUCAGGUUUGACAUAUAUAUUCAUUUACAUCUGCACUAUAAAGCAGGACCAUGCCCCUUUGAACAGUCAUGGCUUCCCACAAAGAAUCCUGGGAAGUGUAGUUUGUUACAGGUGCUGAGAGACCCUUAUUCCCUUCACAGAGUUCCUAUUCCCAGAGUACUUUAACAAUUGACCCUUCUUCCCAGGGAACCCUGGGAACUGUAGUUCUGUGAGAGGAAUAGGGGUCUCUCCUAACAACUCUCAGCACCCUUCAUAAACUACAGUUCCCAGGAUUCUUUGGGGGAAGCCACGACUGUUUAAAGUGGUAUGAUACUGCUUUAGAUGUAAGGUGCAGAUGGGGCCUGAGAAAAUGUUUUUGUCACGCACAAAAACUUUCUCACUCCUGCGCUUACUUUACCUGGUACAUUUUCCCAUUUUGCAGCUCCUCUCCUUUGAGUCCAGGAUGGUAACUAUGGUCUCCUCAGUUCCUGAGGGCAGGCUGAGCACCUAUGGGGCCUGAUCUACAUGGCUGAGUAGCACACUAUUCUUGUGGAAGAGGAACGGGCUGUUGGAAAUGGUAUGAGGGCAUCCACAGAAGGGACCUAAGGAAACAGCCCCGUAGCCAAGAACAAAAGGAAGGAAAUUGUUCACCAGAAUAAGUUGUGGAAAUCACACAUGGCUUGCAUAAGUCUGCAAAACCAAUUCUGACCAUGUUUUGGAUUAUUCAACAUGUCUGUGGCAAGGAUUUGGAGGGGUUGGAGCAAGCCUAGCCAAAGUAGGGGGGGCAGCACAGGGACCACAGAAAACCAUGUAAGGCAGGAAUGGGAACCUGUGGCCUUCCAGGUAUUGUUGGACUUCAGCUCCCAUCAUUCCUGACCAUUGGCUAUGUUGGCUAGGGCUGAUGGGAGCUGGAGUCCAACAACACCUGGAAGCCCACAUGUUCCCCAGCCCUGGUGUAAACUAACUAGAGCCCCACUUCUGUGAUACAUAAUAUACAACAAGAAUGGCUAACCUGUGACAGAUGUGUUGGAUGCCAACUCCCAUCAGCCCCAGCCAGCAUGGCCAGUGGUCAGGGAUGAUGAGGUUGUAGUCCAACAACAUCUAGAGAGCCACAGGUUAGCCACUGUUGAUAUGCAGCCUAUCCAAGUCAUAUUUUCUCUAAUAAGCCGCCAAGGCUGGCCCAAGAUAUUUUGCUUCCUGCAGGUGGAAAAUCCAAAUGGCACCCCUCCCCACUCAAUAAUUAACAUGGGACACAAUCCACCAGGACGUUCUUCUGCUCCAGCCCUAUUGGCAUGAAAAGGAGUUUCCUCAAUUGCUCCUACUCACCCAAUGGAGCUUGUGCAGGAGAACAUUACUGGCGAGUUGUGGCAUCAGGUCUGUCCGUCUUCCACUCUGUCACCACUGACAGCACCCAGAGCCCACUGUCUGGGGUGCUGUCUCAUAGCAGGGGUUGUGAGCUGUUCGUUGCACCUCCCUUUUUCAUAAAAUUGCACUGACAUCACACCUGCUGCAACCAAUCAGCACUAUAGGGGCUAAAUGGACUGAAGCAUGGCUCAGUGGCUUAUACAGAAGUUGCCCAGGCCUAUCCAAAUGUUCUGGCUGCCUUAGUGUUGUGACACAGAGCCAUGUUGAAGAGGAAGGCAGGCAGCAUCAUAGCAGGAGAAGCUGAACCUACCCAGCGUGUCUCCACAACUAAAACUAAAACAGACAUAAAUUACAUGCCUGCCAUGUGUGAGAGAGUAACCCUAAGAAAAACUCAGCACAUGCCUCAACAUUUUUCAUUUCCAAACCAAAGAAAUGGGGGUAGCCUUAGUCUCUGACAUGUCCCCCACACAUGCUCUUCCUCCCUUUACAGAGAAAACAUUGAGAUUGUGGACAAAGAUUCAGGCUGGAUCUACACAUACACCAGAAUGAAAUGGUCAGUCCUGAGAUGCAGGAAGGACUGUAUCAUUUCACACUGAAAGUGUGGGAACCAUGGUGGGUUUUUUUUAUGUUCCCUUAUGGAGAACUCUUCCCGCAAGUAGAAAAGUAGCACAGCAGGAAAUGAACUGGGAGAGGACCAUUUGCCCUGAUGUGCUAGCAACUUUUAUUUGUAGGAAGCAUUCCCAUGAGAGAGGAUUCAAAAAUGGCAUCCCUCCAACUAAGUAGUACAAUCCGUUCUACCACCCUGUAGUGCUGCAUAUGUAGACCAGUUCUGAUAAAGGGAUCAAACUGGAUAGUGUCUGGGUAGGAUCUUUAUAGCCUAAAGAGCUCCCUCCCAUUUCCACUGUUCUACUUUAAUUUUAUUCUACGUCAAUACUUUAGGCUGCCUUUUAGGGCAUAGCCUUCCCAGGGUUAUAAUAAGAAAUAUUUGCCAUUUGCAGUAAUCAAACAUCAGCUUAAAAAAACACAGGCACACAGAACCAAAACGUUCCUGAAAAAUUGUCAUUCUCUGCUCCAUGAAUGUUCCAUGGAAGCAUUCUCUUUACUUCCUGCCUAGUCCUGCCAGUGGUUACUAGUUUGCAGGGGAAAUCUUAGCCUGUUGUAUUACUGACUGCCAUGCAGCCAUUCAAGAUUCAGAAGCAGUGGAGCCGUCAGGGCAGGAUGUUGGGGCAGGUGUCUAGGGAUCCACUCAGCAGAAUGAGCAGGUGGGCCCUCAAACGCAGCAGGGCUAGCUGAAGCAAGUGAGAUACUACAUGUUACCAGUGGAGACCGGUGGCUUCAAUGUCAGUGGGGCAGUGAAUCCAUUCCGGGUUUUAGUUUGAACAUUCAAGGAACUGUCCACUGACAUCAGAGCCACCAGUCUCCACUGCAUGUUACCAUCAAAAGAGUGGGACCCACAUAAGAUCAUUAAAUCUAGAGCAGUGGUUCCCAAACAUAUUUUUCUCCCACAGACCACUUGAAAAUUGGUGAUGAUCUUGGUGGACCACUUUAUGAUUUACUCUGCCUGUUGUAGCUAUUGUAAUGCACUGUGCCAGAUGCUGUAUGAUUUUUAAUUUCUUUUAUUUAUUGUAUAGUAUUUUACUAUAUUACAAUUUGCAGUCCAUAGAAUUCAAAUUGUAAUGCAACAAAAUAUGAUAAAAAUCAAUUUGACGAUUUAAUACAGACAUGCCAUGGACCACCUGGAUGAAGGUUGUGGACCACAGUUUGGGAAUUUCUGAUCUAGAGUAUACAAUCACCCAAUUGCGCCACUGUACAGGAACCCUGUGAAAAGCACAAGAUGGCUACUCUGUUCCCACCAGUACUCCUGUCCUUGCCACAGUGUCCCAGAUUCUGGAGCAGUUGCACGGUGGAGGGAGACCAACUUCAACUAUUGGUAUAUAUUAUGCAAAGUAAACAAUGCUCCCUGCAGAUUUCCUCAAUUUACAUUACACGCUCUGUAUCCAUAUGGGUUUACGUUUGCAUUAGCCAUUUAUCUAACCUGAGAUUUGCUCCUUUCACUUCUGUUCCAUAUUUUGAUCAAUGGGCUCAUUGGCAUUGCAAAAUGAAGUGAGUUGCAAAGCAGUUUCAGUAUCAAGGGACUCUGGAGACUGACAUUUUGUGGAGAUGCUGACCUCCUAAGUCCCCUUGAAGAACACCAGUGUCCAGGGGCUCUUGGGGAAUUCAUGCUAGCUUACCCAGUUUAAGUUUGUAGUACAGACAUGUCCUGUGUAAAAAGGGCAUUACACUACUGGAUAUAGACCCCAUCUACACUAUACAUUUAAAGUCAUACCAUGGCUUCCCCCAAGAAUCUUGGGAACUGUAGUUUGUUAAGGGUGCUGAGAAUUAGGAGACUCAUAUUCUCACAGAGUGACAAUUCCUAGAGUUUCCUGGGAAAAAAGAUUGAUUGUUAAACCACUCUGAGAACUGUCGCACUGUGAGGGGAUUAGGGGUCUCCCAACAACUCUCAGCACCCUUAACAAACUAGAGUCCCCAGGGUCCUUUGGGGGUAACCAUGACUGUUUAAAGUGGUGUGAUACUGUUUUAAAUGUAUAGUGCAGAUGAGGACAUAGGCACAUGCACCAGAACAUAGUGAGACUGCACUACACCACUUAAGACUGCAGGUGUAGCACCAAUUGGAAUGCUCUCCUACAUUAAAGAAAAUCCCCUGCAAAUAGAAAAUCAUCACAGCAGGUAAAAGGAGACUAGAAGCUUUCUCCCUGAUGUACUAGCUUUCCAUUUGCAAUGAAUAUUUUUAUCUGGGGGAGCAAUAACCCCCCCUUCAGCCUGACAUGGUAUAGUCCAUUUACAACCUCAUUCCAAUCUCUUUCUGAACCAUGGGUAGACUGCUCCAUUCGAUUGCAAUUCUGGGCAAACUUGAUCUGUACUAUCAUUGUGAACAUGUCACAAGUUGUGGGAUUUUUUGCUUGAUUUCAAGGCAGCUCUGUCUAUUCUCAUUAAAAUAUUGCAACCAUAGAUUUAUAAGACAUUUAGGACUAGCUUAUGCAAUCAGCAGAAAGUGGUAAAAAUAUUUUCAUGGACUGUACCCCUUCAGGCAACCAGUAAGGAGUUGCAUGUUUUUAUUCAUGCCUUGUCAUGAAAACAAGUCUCUAUACACAUAGAAAACUAGCACAUCAGGGGAAAGACUAGUCUGAACUCUUCUUCAUGGCAUGCUCAUUUUCUUUAUGCAUAGGUAUGUGAUCCAUCCUCUGCAGCUUCAAAUAAGUAAGAUCCAGCUUUACCUCUUGAUUUUGCCAAGUGUAUAAUUUUAGCCCAGCUUCCAUGGAAAGGAAGGUGGAAUAGAAAUAUAAAAAUGAAGAGAUGGUGUCUGAAGUGUCUGAAGUUGCCUUAAAUUGAGUCAGGUCAAGGAUCCAUCUUGCCCAGUCAUGUUUACUUUGACUGGCAGCAGCUCUACAGGAUCUUCCCAAACCCCAUUACCAGCAUCCUUUGAACAGGGAUUGCUAGUAAUCAAGCCUGGAGCCUUCUAAAUGGAAGCAUGUGUUCUUUGCCUUUGAACUAUAGUCCUGGACCGGGGCAUAUUUCAGUGCAACAUUAAGUCAAAUCUCUUGACUUUUGUUUUAAUGGACUUUGGAUUGAGCUGUGAGGGAGGUAAUAGAUUAGGUGGAUAGAUUAGAUAGCAGAGAAGUAGAUCAGAGUGGUAUCAUAUCAAGGAAUCAGAUGUUAUGUGAAGCUGGGCAAUUCCUUUAAUAGAUGGUUUGGGAUCUUUCCUCAAAUCCCCUAUAAGCAAUCUCACUGGAACAACUGGAGCAGAUUCCCAUCAUACCCCUUUGUAAAGUGGAAGCAGGCUGAUUGAAACAGCUUUGCAGUUCCAUCACUCUCAGUGCCUCGGAUCAGGUCUAGCAACUUGUAGCACUCAGUAGCCAGGCCAACAUAGCAGGAAUAACAAGGCAGGAAAAGUCCAUCUGCAAAACCGCCCUGGUCAUUUCCUGUAUGGGAUGACCUGAGACAAAGACCCCCUCUCACGAAAGACCCUAGACUGCUUUGAAUCAGUGGGUUCCCCCCCCUUCAUUGCCUGCAUUGCACAAUGAUUUCACUCUGUGGAUGUUCAGAACUUGUUUUUGAUGUCCCUGGGGAAUAUCUGCGGUCUCCCCAUCUCCUCUCGUACCCCUUCCCACCUUUUGUUGUUGUUGUGCUGCAACCUAUGUACAUCAGACUGACCAUAUUUUCCAGAAUGCCAUUUGCUAUCAGAGGUUUUCCAUGGUAAAAGAAACUCCAUCCAAGGACUCAAGAGUCAAUGUUUUAGGUGUGUUAAGAUUAUAUGUGGUGCCUAAGGAAGCAAAAGGCCAGUUUUAAAUACAUAGUUUUAUUGAUUUCAGUUUAAAACAGGCCAGAACAAAGCCCAGCCUGGCUUGCUCUGGUCCCUUUUAAUAGUGGCUUUAAAAAGCAGAACAUAGGAGGCUUCCAUAUACUGAGUCAGACCAUUGGUCCAUCUAGCUCAGUACUGUCUACACUGACUGGCAGCAGCUCUCCAGGAUUUCAGACUGUGAUGCCAAGGAUUGAACUGGAGACCUCUUGCAUUCAAAGCAGAUGCUCUAUCACUGAGCUAUCUAGCCCUUCUCCAAGGAACCAGCCAAGUGAAGCACUUUAUGGUAUGGUGUUAAAAUAGCAACAGCUAAUCAUAGAGUUGAAAAGGACUCUAGUCCAGUCUCUUGCCAAUGCAGGAAAUCCACUGAUGCACCAUCCCUAAUAGGUAGCCAUCCAGCCUCCUAACCACCACAGAUCAAACUGCUGUUAAAGGAACCACUACAGGGUUUGCUUCAAAAGUUGACAAUCCUAUUCACAGUGUCCAUCUUUAUUCCCAAGGAGCAAUUCUAGCACACUUGAGGUAAACCUCAGCCUAUCAUAAUCAUUCCAAGGAAGCAUCAACCCUGUCUCCCAAGAGCCCUGUCCAACAACUUCAAGAGAUGAACCAGGCUACAAAAGAUGCCAAAAAUUAGAACAGUUUUCCCUGAGGAGGACAUCUCUCAUGUGUAGAAGUUGUUCACCAACUGCAACCCCUCUCAGCAAACCUUUAGAUAAAACCAGUGUUGGUUUAGCAGAAAUUUGGUGGUCAGCUGUCCUGAAAGAUUGCUGCCUUUCUGAUUCAGAUGUGUCUGAAGUGAGCAGGAAUUUGUGUGUGCGUGUUGUGAAUAAAAUAGACUAGGGGAAUAAAAGUAAAUAAAUCUUGUUCUAUGUUCAGUGCUCUUUUUCUUCCCAGUCUUGUCUGGAAAUGAAGGAUGGGUGACCUUAUGGUUAAGACUCUGGGCUAGCUUUUUCUUUUCUUUUUUGACAGAACC